CAACAAUGUAGGGACCUCUAUGCCGGGGCGAGACGCUCGGAAUCUGCUGGACCAGAUACAACUGGCCCUCGAUCGAGAUAUACGAGGUGCCGACCUGCGCCGCAGGGCUACGCAGAUGCUAGUCAAGUUGUGCUGUCAAUGGAACAUGUUGCCCCCCUCCCUCUUCGUCCGCCGCGCGCGACGGAUAGGCAGCGAUCCGGUCUCUUGCGGCGGGUUCGCCGACAUCUUCAAAGGAACCCUUGGGUCCCGGCUAGUUGCGCUUAAGCGCAUCCGCAUCCACGCUACCCAGACGGCGGAGCAGAAACGCAAGAUUCAUACUUCUCUGUGUCGUGAAGCCAUCCCAUGGCGUCAACUCCGGCACCCGAAUGUUCUUCCAUUCCUAGGCAUCGAUUGUGAAACUGCAGCGCCCCAUUGGAUAUGCCUUGUCUCGCCAUGGGUGCGGUAUGGCGACAUUAUGCAUUACAUAGAGACGCGCCAGUUAGUGUUCGACGACGUACACAGAUUAAUGUUAGAGGUCGCUAGCGGUUUACAGUACCUGCACUCACAGCACCUGGUACACGGAGACCUUCGCGGGGCAAAUAUCCUCAUCGACGAGAAUCAUCACGCUCUCCUGGCUGACUUUGGUUUGAUCUCUUGGACGAUGGCCACCGGUACGGCUGGGACGACUGAUGGCCAUGGGGCGUAUCGUUGGAUGGCCCCUGAGCUGCUCCGACCCCCUAGGGCUGGACAUCCUUUUCAGCGUACCCCUGCCAGCGACAUGUACGCGUUCGCGUGUACCUUCGUUGAGGUUUGUACCCGACAACCGCCUUACUGGCACAUCACCCACGAUGUUACAGUCGCGUCGCUCAUCAUCAACGGAGAGCGUAUCGCACGUCCAUCUGCGAACUUCAUGUGGACCGGAGAUGAUUUUUCCGACGAACUCUGGCAUAUACUUGAAAGUUGUCUUUCUGAACCGCCACUACGGCCCAGUGCCGCCGACGUCGUCCGCUUCAUGCAAGCUUGCAGUGCAAAUACAUCCGUCUCGGCCGAAGUCUCGGUUUCGGGGACCACGAAGGAUCUCCGUGCACAACUUGAACUAUUACGUUCCUACUUGGCUAAGCACUCCGAUCCAGGUAGACAUAAUGCUUUUUCCCGUGCGAACCACUGCCUCAUUUAUGGUGUUAGCGAAGCUGUUCCUACGCUCCAACGCAUCCAAGCAACGUCUCCAGAACCUAAGCGUGAAGCAGGUCAGUCGUGGCGGCAACCGCCUUGA